UGUGUUCUGCUGAACGCGGCCAUUGACUAGCGCAGGAGAAAACAGGCAAAACGUCGAUACGCGUGCAACAAUUUCUCUCUUACGGUGUUUCCGUCUACGCCGAACCUGUCCGUUGAAAAGUAUUGUUAUUCGAAGUGUAUUUGCAACAGAUCCAAAUCUAGUACAAAAUGGGUAAUGAGAGUUCGCUGCCUAUGGAACUUUGUUCAAACUUCGAUGUGGACGAAAUCAGAAGAUUAGGAAAGCGAUUUCGCAAGUUAGAUUUGGAUAAUAGUGGAGCUCUCAGCAUCGAUGAGUUUAUGUCUUUGCCAGAGCUGCAACAGAAUCCACUGGUGCAGCGUGUUAUUGACAUAUUCGAUGCGGAUGGUAAUGGAGAAGUAGAUUUUAAAGAAUUUAUUCAUGGAGUAUCUCAGUUCAGUGUUAAGGGUGACAAGGAAAGUAAAUUGCGAUUUGCGUUUAGAAUUUAUGAUAUGGAUAAUGAUGGUUAUAUAAGCAAUGGCGAGCUAUUCCAAGUGCUUAAGAUGAUGGUUGGAAACAACUUAAAAGAUACACAGUUGCAACAAAUUGUUGACAAAACAAUAUUGUUUGCCGAUAAGGAUGAAGACGGUAGAAUUAGCUUUGAUGAAUUUUGUUCUGUUGUUGGCAAUACAGAUAUUCAUAAGAAAAUGGUAGUUGACGUUUAAGUGUGAUUUUGAAUUUGCAAAAAAGAAACUCUUACUUUAUUAAAAAAAAAAAAAAAUGUGGGGUAUGUUAAUUAAAAUCUAUAAAUUAAUAAUAUUAACAUCAGAUUUAUGGGAUAGUUCUGAAAAGAUCUGUUUAAAGUAAACAAUUAUUGUUCUUAAACUUUUGAUCAUUACGAGUUUAUUCCAGCAAAAAAUUUGAAUGAUAAUAAUUGCGUGCAUGUGCAUCACACUAAGUGCAAUAUGAUGCUAAAGUGUUGAAUCGAUCGAUACGGAGACUGUUUUAUUUGAUAUGCCUUAUUAAAGGUGUUAUGGAAUAAAUCAAACCAUCUUCUGUGUUCCUUCACAAAUGUAAUGAUGAGUAUAAUAUAUGAUGUAACUUUGAAUAAUCUUAACUUUAACUCUAGCAUCUUAACGCUACGUGCUUUCUCCAAGAUUUUUCUCGAAGACUUUGCAGAUAAAUUUAGUUUUUUUUUAAGUGCCUGCCAAAAAGAAAAGAUAUAUAUAAUUUUAGAUAUAGAGAUGCACUCUCUUGAUUUAUUCCUUCCAUUUUAAACUUCUCAGUGAAAAAGAAGCACAAGAGUAAAAUCAAAUCUCGCAUCAUUGUAUGGAUCAGUGUAUUGUAACGUAUUUUCUUCAUUGUUCAAGAAGUAACUGUUAAUAUUAUUCAUAAAAUAAUAACGUUGGCAUCAUUAAAAGAUUUCACUCAAUAGCAAAGGUCGUUUUAAGGGAUUAUUAUUUUAAACUAUUAAUAUGUAAAGAAAGUUAUAUAUAUAAAUAUAUAAGAAGUUAAAUAUUUCGAUUAUUUCUAUAUAUUAUGUUUGCAAUAAGUACAAUCACAAAUGGUGCAUUUGGAGAAGAUAAAUUAGAACAAAAUUUGUCGCGAAAUCUCGAGAGAAAAAAGAUAUCGAGUUUUUUAUCCACAGAUUUACUUGAUGAGCUUCUGUAUGUGUCAUAAUCUUUGUGUGUUACCAUGGGGAUGUUUAUAAUUUUCUCAAAUGUACGAUCUAUUUAUUUAGUUAGAUAUUUAUUUAUUUUGCGAUAACAAUAAAAAUCAUAAUUUAUCAUUAUACGUGAGAUCCAUUAAGGUAUAUAUAUUUAUGAUAUAAAUAAGUUUAUUGUAUCAUUGUUAAUUGUUUCUAUAUAUACUUAUACAUGUUAUAUGAUCUUAUCAUGUCUAUAUUAUAUAUAAUUGAAGUUUAAAAUUGUAAAAUAUAUUGAAAUUACUCUCUCUGUA